CCAUCGGGCGACCGCGAGGCGCCUCCAGCCGCACGCGCGGCGCCGAGGGCCGGCUCCGGCGCGCGCGCCCGCUGCACCUCGGCUCCCGCGCGCGCUCGAAGUCUCUGCGCGCCCGCGGCGGUGCCCGGCGGGCGCGUGGCCCCCGCCGCGGGCGUCGAUGGACUGGCCGCUGAGCCGCCGGGAGGCGCAGCGGUGCGCCCUGCUGUACUACCAGCGGGAGGCGACGGCCGCCGAGGAGGAGAUGCGCAGCAAAGACGAGGCGCUCCGCAGAGCCAGAAAGGAGCUCCGGCGCGCGAGCACGGGCUGCAGGGUGAGCCGCGAGCCGCCCCCGCUGCCGUCCGCGGACAGCUGCGCUGCGUCUUCCCAGACGCACCUGCGCCCGAGGUGCGGGCUCGCGCUGCUCAUUGUGGUGGCGGCCGCGGUGUCGCUGGCCGACCUGUACGCCGUCGGGCCCGACGCGGCGGACCAGCACUACAGAAGCGAGCAGCACCACGGGGGGCACCACGACGGAGUCGAGCACCACGCCGCAGACAGGCCCUACAGAAACGAGCAGCACCUCGGUGCCCACGACGGAGUCGAGCACCGCGUCGCGGACCAGCACAACGAAUAUGAUCAGCAUCGCGGAGCCCACUACCACGGAUUCGGGCACCACGUUGCGGACCAGCCCUACAACAGCGAGCAGCACCUCGGUGUUCUUCGCCGUGGAACCGAGCACCAUGCCGAGGACCAGCACAACGGACACGAGCAGAACCACGGGGUCCAGAACCGUGGAGUCGAGCACCACGUCCUGGACCAGCACGAUGUAAACGAGCAUUACUAUGGGGUCCGCCACGAUGAAGUCGAGCACCACGUCGCAGACCAGCCCUACGGAAACGAGCAGCACUUCGGUGCUCAUCACCGUGCGAUCGAGCAUCACGUCGAGGACCAGCACAGUGGGCACGAGCACGAGAUCACGGACCAGCACUGCGGAAAUGAGGAGCAGCACCACAUCACUUCCCAGGCGAACCACACGGUCGACCACGGCGGAGCUGCGCCCCACAACGUGGACCAGCACCAAGGAGUCGAGCAGGUUUUCGGUGACCGCCACCACGGGGCUCUCUGGGGCCUUCUCGGGGGUCUCCUGGUCGUCUUAGGCGCCUGGUGUGUGCAGGCGCUGGGCGUGAUCUCCCCGCGGGGCAAGUCGAACUGCGCGGGCGAAGCGCCUCCGUCCACCGCAGGGACGGCAGCGGCUGUCUCCGGCGCGCCGCUUGCUGCAUUGGCUGCCGCGGCUCCCGCGGCCCCUGAGGCGGCAGAGGCUGCUCCAGACCAUCCCCAGGCGUUGGACUCGACGCGGCCGGCGGGGAGUUCCCCGGGCAGUCGUUCUGCAUCGGCUGUGGUCGUGGGGGCAGGACGCGGCUUGGCCAGCUCGUGCCCGGCAGCCGCUGCCGCGCCAGCUCCCGCCCCGCCGCCGCGGGCCGAGGAAGAGGCGCCUGCGCACACCGAGGAGGAGGCCGAGAUGCAGCGGGCCACCCGCCGCAUCAUGCAGCUCAUACAGCAGUUCAACAGCGUAACGGCGGAGGACUUCGAGGAUCUGAAGAGGGAGCUGGUGAUGCUUCUGAAGAGGGACCUCCCCAGAACCGGUCAGAUGUUCUCCAUGCUGAAGGGCGAGGCGACUCGAAUCAUUGCGAUGCACAGCUUGUGUUACACCGUCGUCAGAACGACCGUCUUGACGACGAGCCUGUCCAUCGAGCAGGGCAAGCCGAUCAGGCGCAUGGAGGUGGGCGAGGCCAUGGAGGUCACGCAGGGGCCCACGAUGGAUCCGUCCAUCGGCGCCUCUCGGAUUUUGGGGCGCGCCCUCAAGGACGGUGCCACCGGCUGGGCGACCGUCGCCGGCAGCAACGGCACCGCGUUCCUGAAGAGCGGCGUGCACGGCGGCGCAAAGAGAGCCCUCGGCGGCGCGUGAGCCGGGCGGGGGGCACUUUCCGGGCCAGGGAUGCCUAAGCUUCUGGCAGCCCGAAAAAUUCGGGAGGGGA